AUAUAUAUAUGCCUAUAUAUACGCAUUUUAUGAAACAAGUUAGUGAGGUUAACAGUAAGAAUGUUUAACACUUUCUGGCUUUAAAUUAAAGGUAGGAUUUGUGUUCCUGCAUAUAAAGUGUUCCUGAUAAAUAAGAUCCGUACUCCGUAAUGGACACUUUUACUGAGCAUAUACUGUGUAAAAUAGGAAGAAGAGUCUUAACCUUACAAUAUUUAAACAAUAUAUUUUCUUUUCUUUUUUGCAGAUUAAAAGCAACGUUAUUGUCUGAUGUACAAUUCAACUGCCAUAUUACAACCCCUCCUACGAAUACCAAAUUGUCCUCUUUAUAUUCUGCAUUACAUCAGUUUGCUGCGCUGCUCACAACAAUGCCUGCAGAGCCAGAUUUGGAUGACUUAAUUAAACUAUACUUCAGACUUUCCCUAAGUAACAAAGAAAUACUUGCUAUUUUGGCACACACUAAUCACAUUGUAAUUAGUGUCCGAACAUUAAAGAGAAUUUGUAAAAGACUUAACCUGUUCAGGAGGAAGAACCAGUCUGACUUGGAGGAAGUGCUAGCUUUUGUACAGCAUGAGAUCAUGACUAAUGGACAGAUGCAGGGAUACCGUUGGCUUCAUCUCCGUGCAAUUCAACAGGGCCUUGUUGUGUCACAAGAUAGCAUAAGACGCAUCAUCAAACUGGUUGAUCCACAAGGUGUGGAAUUAAGACGAGCCCACCGCUUGAGAAGACGUCAGUACAGAUGCAGAGGGCCAAAUGCACUUUGGCACAUGGAUGGUUAUGAUAAACUAAAGCCCUAUGGCAUUGCCAUCAACGGCUGUAUAGAUGGUUUUAGCCGCUAUGUGUUAUGGAUGGAAGCCUAUAUCACAAACAGUGAUCCUAAAGUAGUUGCAAGUUACUUUAUCAAAACAGUUUCAGGUAUAGGUGGAUGUCCAGAGAGGAUUCGUGCAGACAGGGGCACGGAAAAUGUUUCUGUUGAAGAAAUGCAGAUGUUUUUGCGAAGGAACCACCCAGACAGUUUUGCUGGGGAGAGAAGUUUCCUUUAUGGAAGAAGCACAGCAAACCAGCGCAUUGAAGGAUGGUGGGGUAUACUCCGCAAACAGAGUGCGCAGUUCUGGAUGAACCUGUUCCAAACUCUCCAGGAAGAUGGCCACUUCACAGGAGACUUUUUGGACAAAAGUCUUAUCCAAUUCUGUUACCUUAAUCUUGUUCAGGAUGAACUUGAUGAAGUGGUCAACACCUGGAAUUCCCACAAAAUCAGACCAAGAUCAACUGAUGACACAGCAUCUGGUCGGCCAGUGAUUAUGUACUCAUUCCCAGAGUUGCACAGUGCUGAGGAUAGACUCAAACCUAUUGCCAUGGAGGAGGUCAAUUUGUGUAUGUUAGAGUGUACUCCCAAAGGCCAGUUUCCGUGCGAUGAAACUGUUUUUGAACUGUGUUGUCUACUCAUGGCGGAAAACGGAUGGGAUGAUCCAGCAGAUCCAUUUGCUGCAGCUGAUCUAUACAUCCUGUUACGAGAUGAAAUACGACGACAAGUAUUUGAUUAAUGGUACAUGUAGCGUACAUGUCAUUAUGCAAAACACAAAAUACUGUUCAGGACAAAACUGACCUUAAAAAAUAAGUAAUUAUUUAGUCAAAAAUGUAUCAAUAAAAAUCAUAGUCAAUGGUAUUUCAUGUAUUCCUUAAAUGUUUGUCUCUCAACACUAUUUUCAUUUUUCUUUACAGCUUUUCAACAGUUUUUUUUUAAUGGUAGCCUACUGUAUGUAUGGGCCAAAUCUUUGUUACAUGUUUCUACAUUGUAUACACAAAUAAUGUACCAUGUGUUACACAAUGGUAACAACUGAUUGCUAAUUUUCACUCAGUUGCCAGAUUGUUUCAUGUGCGCUCUAAAAACAGUAAGGGACCAGUCAUUAAUAUUGCCAUGUAGUUUGCUGCAACUGAGAAGGCCUUGCUUACACUGGACAAACUUCCUCCUUUAAGAAAGGAUAACAACGCCAUUCGCUGACAUAACAAACCUGCUAGUGCCAUUUAUUGGUGAAUACAAACAUCACUUUAGAAUGACUUAUUGAUUGCCACAUGCAUACAAUAAUGAACAUGUUAAUUUUUCAGUAUAACUCCAUUGUUUUUACUAAAAAUGUCUGAUCACAUUCUUGCAAAAGUGUAAGCACAAAUUGAAUGAUUUAAGCAAUAGAUACAUCGUUCACACCUUUUUGCAUAACACAUUAAUUAAAUGGAUCAGAUUGUCUUUAUGCAGUAACACAUUUUAUUUAUUUCAAUUACUUAUAUUUCAAAAUGUGGUUACAUUUAUGUAUUCUCGGAACUCAAUGAAACAAUUUAGCCGUAAUAACUUGAGGUGAACAGACUUUGGGAAGCUUGGUUGUGAGUUCAUACUAAUAGGAGCACAUUUGAUCCAAUGCUGAUACAAUGAGUAUGUCAGUGCAGUAUUCAUCAUAUGUUCUCAGUAUUGAUAUACAUCAGUCUUUUACCUGUAUCACCAUAACAUUACAACCUAGUGUUGGCAAAAAUAAACAAUUAACUUUAUUAAGACAAUAAAGGAUACCAUUUCUAGACAAUUAAAUACACAUUUGUAAAAAAGGCAUCAAGAAC